CAGUUACUAUUGAGCACUGUGCUGACGGUGGUUGGACUUUCACCUGUGCCCUGAGAUCAUCCUUCGUCUGUCACCCAUCAACAAAUACCCAUCUGUAGCCAGGCCUAUACCAACGGGAUGAAGGCGGUUCUACUCACCUCGCUAGUCAUCGCGUGCACCCUCUUAGGGGCACGUGCAUUCUUCUAUGGGGAGGAAGAGGGAAAUGGUGUUGGAACGCAGAAAGGCCAACAGGAAGUCCCACUCGUCUCACAAAACUUUGCAACCAAGGUGAUCACCGAACUCAACGACAGGCUGAACGGAUCUCUCGUCGCUAGCUAUGUCUACCUCUCCAUGGCCUACUGGUUUGACCGAGCUGACAUGGCACUGCCGGGCUUCCAUAAGUAUUUCCUGGCCUCGUCCCACAAAGCACGUACUGAAGCUGAGGCCAUCAUGAAGUACAUCAACAAGAGAGGCGGUUACAUCCGGCUGAAGAACUUAAAGAGCCCUAUAACAGUAUGGCGUGACGGCCUGAAGGCGAUGGAGUACGCCCUGGGUAUGGAAAAGGAUUUGAACAAAAACAUGCUCAAGACGCACACAGUGGCGAGCAACGACCCUCAUGUGACGCACUUCCUCGAGGACAGGUUCUUGGAGACGAAGGUAGAUGUGAUCAAGGAGUUGGGGGAGUAUGUGACGAGACUGAAGAGCUUCACGAAGGACUACUCACUCGGCGAGUACAUCUUGGACAAGGACCUGCACGACUAGACCACGUUUUCGGCGUUGUUGGUGUCGCAUGUGUGCCACGAGGUUUAAUACCUAGAUGAGAAGCUGAUGGUGGCGUGUUAAACUGAUGUCAUUAACAUUGAAAUUAGAAUAAAGAAUGACAUUAUACCA